AUAGCGGGACUGUCCUACUUGAAACUGAACAUGACGUUCCCGCAGUAAGCCACGCCUAUCUUUUUCUUUCAAAUAUAACAUUGUUUAGGUUUGGUAGUUUUUCAUAAAAAUGUCGCGUUUUAUGGACGCGUGCGCUCUUUCGUUUAAAGUCCUCAUUCUCCCGUUGUACAUCGCGGAGCAUGUCGGACUUUUGUCUUUCUUCAAACGCGUAUUUCCUAUGAUUCAAUAUAAAGCCACGGACUGGUACAAUAACAAGAUGAAUGACAAGAAACGGGAACUAUUUCGAAACCUGGAGCGAUUUCAGCCCCCCGAAGGCUCUCUGCGCAUCCUGGAGGUGGGCUGUGGAUCAGGGGCGAACUUUGAGCACUACCCGACGGGCUCCAAGAUCACCUGCACUGACCCUAACCCGCAUUUCAAGAAAUACCUGGAGAAAAGUAUAGAGAAAAACGAGCACCUGGAGUACGACAACUUCAUAGUGGCGUCGGGGGAGAAUCUGCAGGCAGUGGAGGACAGCUCGGUGGAUGCUGUGGUUUGCACUCUGGUUCUGUGCUCGGUCAAAGACACCAACAAAGUUCUGCAAGAGUCAAAGAGGGUCCUGAGACCUGGAGGAGCACUUUUCUUUCUUGAGCACGUGGUGUCAGACCCUUCAACCUGGGCUUACUUUUUUCAGCAUGUCCUUGAGCCAUUAUGGUACUUCUUUGGCGAUGGCUGUGAAGUAACCCGUGCUACAUGGAAGCACAUUGAGGCCGCUGGAUUUUCAGAUGUAAAGUUACACCACAUUCAAGCUCCUCUGUUUUUCAUGCUCAAACCACACAUCGUUGGUUAUGCAGUCAAGUAAUGAAUAUGAAUUUUGCCA